AUGAAAAGGGCGCGGCGCCUGCGUCUGUUGACCGUCGGAGAUGGCGACCUGUCAUUCUCACUGGCCUUGCAGCGCUGCUUUGGCGACGGCGUGGCCGUGGCGGCCAGCACUUACCUGUCGCGCGACGAGCUCUCGCGGCGGUACAGGUCCACCCACCGAGCGCUGCGAGAGCUCGCGGACGCUGGCGCGGAGGUCCUCCAUGGAGUGGACGCGUGCCGGCUGGAGGAGCAGCUCGAAGGCUUGGUCAGCGAGCCCGAUGUGGUUCUGUUCAGCUCGAACAGCGAGCAUGCUCGUCAGCACUGCGCCCUGCUUGCGCACUUCCUCGCCGCGGCGCGCAAGGUCCUGCCGCUGGGCGGCCAGGUGCACGUGACGCUGUGCGGCGAGCAGCCGCGGACAUGGCGCUUGGAGGAGGCCGCUGGGCGCGCGGGGCUUACUCUCUUGCAGAGCCGCGAGCCCCAGAGCAUCGAUGCCUUCCUGGCGGGGGACCUGCCGCAGCGGCUGCCAGCGCCCGCGCCGGCGAGACCCGGCCACGGGGCGAGGCGCAAGUGGCGGAGCGGUGCUCUGGGGUGCGCACACUGGGCGUCGCCCUACGGCUACGAGUUCCGCAGGCACGAGGGCGAGUGCAGCAUGAGCGUCGGGCGCAGCCUGGCGUUCGCCUUCGUGGCCGCGGCGCCGCCCGCGAGCGUCCAGCGGCCGCCUGGGCGGGACGGCGCCUGGUGCCCCACGUGCCUGCAGAGCUUCAGCAGCGAGGCGGCGUUGGCGCGGCACCUGCUGGCCCCCGCCACGCCCCUCGAGCUCGCCGCCGCGCGGCGCGCCUGCGUUCACUGCGGGCGCGCCUUCCUCUCGGCGCGGGCCCUGCGGCAGCACGCGGAGGCGGCGGCCUGCGGGCACGGGGCCGCCUGCGCGAGGCGGACCGUGAGUCACGCGGAGGCGGCAGUCGGGCAGGAGCAUGCGGGGGCCCGCUUGGUCGCGUUCGCCCGGGCUGCCUUCCCGGAGGCCCUGCCGUCCAAGCCGGCCGCGCGCCGGGCCAUCGCCGCCGGCGAGGUGCUCCUCAACGGCGAGGCGGUGGAGGAGACGCGCAUCCUGCGCGCCGGGGACGUCGUUGCGCUGCGGCGGGGCCCUGCGGGGCGCCUGCCGGAGGCUGCGGCUGGAGCCGCGGCGCGCGUUCGGCUGGUGGCCGGCGCGAGCGGGGCGGGCGGCCCGUGCUCCGAGGGCGCGGCGGUGGUGUGGAAGCCCGCGGGCAUGCGCAGCCUCGGGCACCACCCCACCACGCUGCAGUCCGCGCUCGCGCUGCUGCUGCCCGCAGCCGAUGGCCCGCUGCCCCUCACCGGCUCGAGAUCGGGUGCGCGGGGCUCUCGCUGGUCGGGGCGAGCCCCGAGGCCCGCCAGCGGCUCGAGCGGGCGGUGCUGGACGGCCGCGUGGUCCACACGUUUCGGGCGGAGGUGCACGGGCGCGCGGGCGCGCCCGGAGAGCGGCGGGCGCUGCAGCUGCCAAAGAAGUCUCCCCAGGACCGACCAUACGCGCGGAGGCGGGGCGCGGCAUCGAGGGCGGCUGCACCGGCAGAGGCAGAAGACGCGCAGGACGGCGGAGGCGCGAGCGCAGGCGGCGGACGCGACGCCACCGGGGGCAUGCAGCCCCCGCCGGCGGAGGAGGAGCUCGGAGAGGCGCCCCGCUGGCUGCAAGACCAGAGUCGAGCAGAUCGGCACGACCGAAGAGGAAAGGAUUGGGACGAAGACCGACAGCAGUCGCUGUCCAUUCUGAGCUGGGUUCGUUGUCGGUGUCGCCGUGGGCAG